AUGAAACCAGAAAAUGCCACUGCAGUUUUACAAUAUCAUUUGCUGGGGUUUUCAGAGGCACCAGAAAUGCAGCCCCUCAUAUUUGGGAUUUUCCUCUCCAUGUAUCUGAUCAACAUACUUGGGAACCUACUCAUCAUCCUGGCCGUCAGCUCCGACUCCCAUCUCCACACCCCCAUGUACUUCUUCCUCUCCAACCUGUCCUUUGUGGACAUCUGUCUCACCUCUACCUUCAUCCCUAAGAUGCUACAGAAUAUUCAGACCCAGAGCAAAGCCAUCAGCUAUGAGGGCUGUAUUAUGCAGAUUUAUUUCUUCAUACUCUUCGGAGGUCUGGACAUCUUUCUCCUGACUGUGAUGGCCUAUGACCGCUUUGUGGCCAUCUGCCAUCCCCUGCACUACAUGGUUAUCAUGAACCCUCAGCUCUGUAGAUUGCUGGUUCUGAUGUGCUGGGUUGUCAGUGCCCUGCAUUCGUUGCUACAAAGCUUAAUGCUGUUGCGCCUGUCCUUCUGUACAGACGUGGAAAUCCCUCACUUUUUCUGUGAACUCUAUCAACUUCUACAACUUGCCUGUUCUGACACCUCCUUUAAUACCUUGGUGAUGUAUUUUGCAGCUGUCCCACUGGGUGCUGGAUCUUUUGCUUGCAUUAUUUAUUCUUACUCAAAGAUCGUUUCUUCGGUGCGUCGAAUCUCAUCGGCUCAGGGGAAGUACAAGGCAUUUUCCACCUGUGUGUCUCACCUGUCUGUGGUCUCUGUGUUUUAUUCUACACUCCUCGGAGUGUACCUGAGUGCUGCUGUUUCCCACUCCAGCUCCCACUCCGGUGCAAUCACCUCUGUGAUGUACACGGUGGUCACCCCCAUGCUGAACCCCUUCAUUUACAGUCUCAGGAAUAAAGAUAUCAAGGGGGCUGUGACAGAAUUAUUUUUAAUA